UGAUGGCAGACACAUUCGAUCACAGCAUUAUUUCUGUUGGAGAAGAGGAAGGAGUGGGCAAUUUCCAACGUUCUGUUCCAACACAAGAAUCCCUCCGAUUGCCUCGGGGCUCUGUUGUGAGUUUCCAUAACAUCCAGUACUCCGUUAAGCAGUCCAGUGGAUUCCUGUAUAGACGGAAAACUGUGGAAAAGAAGAUCCUUCAUAAUGUUUAUGGCAUUAUGAAGCCAGGCUUGAAUGCUAUCCUGGGGCCAACAGGGAGCGGGAAGUCUUCUCUCCUAGAUGUGCUGGCUGCCAGAAAGGACCCAGCAGGCCUGUCUGGAGAAGUGCUUAUAGAUGGCAUCCCACAGCCUCCAAAUUUCAAGUGCAUCUCAGGAUAUGUUGUGCAGGAUGAUGUUGUCAUGGGCACAAUGACGGUGAGGGAGAACCUGCACUUCUCUGCUGCCCUGCGACUCCCCAGUUCCAUCAGUGUUAAAGAGAAGGAAGAAAGAGUCACCCAGAUAAUCAGCGAGCUGGGAUUAAGCAAAGUGGCUGAUGCUAAGGUAGGAACUGAAUUGAUCCGAGGAGUGUCUGGAGGGGAACGGAAGAGAACCAACAUUGGGAUGGAGCUCAUUACGGAGCCACCAGUCCUUUUUCUUGAUGAGCCAACAACCGGCCUUGAUGCCAGCACGGCCAAUGCAGUCCUCAUCCUCUUGAAGAGACUCUCAAGAAGAGGUCGAACCAUCAUAUUUUCCAUCCAUCAGCCCCGCUAUUCCAUAUUCAAGCUGUUUGACAGUCUGACAUUAUUAGCUUUGGGAAAGGUGCUGUACCAUGGUCCUGCAAAGCAGGCCCUGGAGUAUUUCAGCUCUAUUGGAUAUGAAUGUGAACCCUUCAACAAUCCAGCUGACUUCUUCCUUGAUAUCAUAAAUGGUGAUUCAACUGCUGUGGCAGCAAGCAAGGAAGAUCACAGACCUAUGGACACAGGAAAAGGUGAAUUCAGUGUGGUAGAUGUACUGCACCAGAAAUAUCUCAACUCCAGCUUGUAUCAGAGCACAAAGGAAGCACUGGCGGAAGUGGAGCUUGGACAGGGAAGCAAGCAGAGAGUAUCCAAGCAGGGGCAUGAGAUUACCUAUGCAAAUGGAUUCCUCACCCAACUGUACUGGGUGUCCAAGCGUUCCCUGAAAAACCUUAUCAGGAACCCACAGGCCUCCAUUGCACAAAUUGCAGUGACCAUCAUUCUAGCCUUGGUAGUGGGUGCUAUCUUUUUUGGUGUGAAAUCAGAUCGAAGUGGCAUUCAGAAUCGGGUUGGGUCUUUGUUUUUUGUCACCACGAACCAGUGUUUCUCCAGUGUCUCUGCAAUCGAGCUUUUCAUCAGAGACAAGAAAUUAUUUGUCCAUCAGUACACCAGUGGAUAUUACCGUGUGUCUGCCUACUUCCUGGCCUUGAUGAUAGGAGAUCUGCUGCCCAUGAGAACUGCUCCAGCCAUCAUAUUCUCAUGCAUCACUUACUGGAUGAUUGGAUUCCAAGCUGUUGCAGGUCGAUUCUUCUUCUUCAUGCUGAGCCUCGUACUGGUGUCCUACACUGCCACAGCCAUGUCUCUGGCUAUCAGUGCUGGGAUGGAUGUGGUGGCUGUGGCCAAUCUCCUCAUCACUAUUUGUUUUGUUCUGAUGCUUAUCUUUUCAGGCCUCUUAGUAAACCUCCCUUCUGUAAUGGCCUGGCUGAACUGGCUCAAGUACUUCAGCAUUCCCCGAUACGGCCUCACUGCUCUUCAAGUGAAUGAGUUCAGAGAUCUCUAUUUCUGUGGUGAGAAGAAUCCAAAUGUUACAGCAUCUGUGGGAGAUGCAAGCAGUUGUCCCCCUGAAAUUUCAGGAGAAAUGUGUUCUGGGGAAGCAUACCUGUGCAGCCAAGGCAUCGCCCCUACCGACUGGGCCAUGUGGGAAAACAUAGUGGCUCUCUUCUGCAUGACUGUUAUUUUCCUGGUCAUUGCCUAUGCAAAACUCCGGUUCAUGAGGAAGUUCACAUGAGCCUCCUGUGUUGCCUUGCUCUGCAGCUUCUCCAGUCUUAAAA